GACUUGCUUGCGUAUUUUCAAACAGUCACAAGUUCAAAUCCAGCUUCAUAUACCGGGAUUUAAUACCUGGAUAGUGGUGUCGGUCUACACUCAAUAUAUGUGACUAUCGCCCCAAUACAUUGAAUUCCCAGUGGUUGAAAAACCUCAUUUCCCUCCUUCUUGCUAACAAAUCGUUUAGAUAAUUAAAUGGAUAGUUCGAAACAAAAUAGUAUAGUAAUAGAUGUCAAGUUUACUUUUCCCAAAACUCAGGCUAAAAUAGGAGUUCCUACAAAUUUCUUCUUGAUAGUAGCAGUUUUAGGAUGUGGAAUUUUCCUCGGCGUACGUAUGAGAGUACGCUAGGUUAAAUUUCGCGUAAUGACUGUUUCUGUUAGAAUAUAUUAGGUUACACUAAUUUGAGAUUCCAGUACCUCUCAAGACGGUCUUUUUGGAGUUUGACCUACAAUGGGUUACUUUGACGAAGAUUUCCCCGCGACAUUUUUAAGAUAUGAAGAUUCAGUAAUCCCUAAAACAAGCUUGAAUUUUGGAGCUUUUGUUUCGUAUUGCAGCUUCUCCAAUGUUGGGAGAUUAGAUUUACUUAAAGUAAUCGAUAUAAUAGCAUUUCUAUUCGUUACUGUCCAAUGUCAUAAAUCUCAUGGGUUAGGUAAAUUAGAUGGGUCUUUAGAUUGUCUGAAAAGUGUAUGAGAAUAAAGGUGUGGUUUUUAAAGGAUGAACGAAGAUCAUCGCAAACUCGGAUAGAGUGUGGUUCAAGAUAAUGAAGUAACAAUAGGUUGAUAUUAAGGUAACUUCCUGCCAUUCUAAAAGUUUUCAAGAUGAACGUGAUGGUCCUCUUGCUGAAGUUCUUCAUAAAUAAUUUUCUGUACUGUAGAUGUUUAUACUGAUAUUUAGAAACAAUCUGGGUUAGUGAAAGUAGAUAUUCUUAACAACCCUCGCGCCCCCAUUCUAACCAGAGUUAUGGAUAGCGAAGCCCUUGAGAUAAUCGAGAUUAAACGUAAAUCCUUCGGAAAUUUGGGUCCAAGUCUAUGCUGUAAAAUAGAUAUUUCACUUAACCAGUCAGCUGUACUGGCGCUGCUGGCCACUCUUGAAAUUUAGUUCUAAAAGUAAAUGGUUAUGACUGACCACGUUUAUGGUCUAGUUGUAUAUUUAUAUUCACCAAUCCAAUUCAUAUCUGAUUCGCAUCCCGUCCUGAAUACCUACCUAUAUUUCUGUACAGUAGGUUUAUUGUCUUUUCUAGCGGAUUUGGUCCAAAGAUGACUCACUGAAAAACUCCAAAUUGCUGCGCACUAAUGUCUGUUGGUAUCGUUUAUGGUGAUCAGUAUAGACGGCUGUGUUGUAGCUCACCUAAGUUUGGCGACAGAUACGCCUUGGUCAUGGAUUUAAUCAAUGCAUACAAACUCAUUCCAGAACUUUCUCGUGUGCCUCCCUUACAGUGGGAUUCACCUAAUCGCAUGUAUGAAGCAGUGACUACCUUUCACUCAACCAGUUUGUAUCUACAUUGAUGUAGUUAAAUUUAUCUGCAGCGGCAACUCAGUCGAACUACGAUAAUAUGUUGCUAUACUGAGAUAAAUUGGAAAAUGUUGGAACUGAAAGCAGUUACUGUUGUGGUGCGAAGAACUAAUUUAAUGAGAUCGGAGUUCGCCCCAUUUAUCAAGGGCACCGUAUCUAGUACAUGGCAAAAACUUGUAGAAUACGACGAGGCCAAUAAAGAAUAUGUUGAUGCUCUUAAAAAAUUACAAAUGCUACACAUUGAGGAGAAAGAAUUGACUGCUGAUGACGAGUUACUUAUGGAUUCAUUUAGUCUGAAUUAUGACUGCCCUGGUUUUCCUAGUGUUUUUGAUUAUUCGUUAGCUGCUGUUCAAGGUAGUUUAGCUGCAGCUAAUGCUUUAAUCUGUCGUCAUUGUGAGGUCGUUAUCAACUGGGGCGGUGGGUGGCAUCAUGCCAAAAGAAGUGAAGCUUCUGGAUUUUGCUAUUUAAAUGAUGCCGUUUUGGCCGUCCAUCGACUGGUUUCAUCAACUCCAUCAGAAAUUUCACCCAACAGACAGACACGAGUAUUGUAUGUUGACCUUGAUCUUCAUCAUGGUGAUGGAGUAGAAGAAGCUUUCUGGUAUAGUCCUCGUGUAGUUACGUUUUCCGUACAUCAUGCCUCUCCUGGUUUCUUUCCCGGUACAGGAACCUGGAAUAUGGUCGAUAAUGAUAAACUACCGAUUUUCUUAAAUGGCGCUGGUCGUGGCAGAUUCUCAGCAUUCAAUUUGCCAUUAGAAGAAGGUAUCAAUGAUUUGGACUGGUCAAAUGCUAUUGGCCCUAUACUUGAUUCUCUUAACAUGGUUAUUCAACCAAGUUAUGUUGUAGUUCAAUGUGGAGCCGAUUGUUUAGCUACUGAUCCACAUCGAAUAUUUCAUUUAACUAAUUUUUAUCCUAGUUUCAAUUCAGAUUGCGACCCAGAAUGUAGUUUAAGUGGCUAUUUGUACGCUAUUAAGAAAAUUUUAUCAUGGAAAGUUCCAACUUUGAUACUUGGAGGUGGUGGCUAUAAUUUUCCGGAUACAGCCAGGCUAUGGACAAGAGUUACAGCUCUGACAAUUGAAGAAGUUAAGGGUAGAAAGAUGACACUUCUCCCUGAAAUUCCAGAACACUCCUACUUUUCUCGUUAUGGUCCGGAUUUCGAACUAGACAUUGAUUAUUUUCCACACAAAAGUCAUAAAGAAACACUUGACAGUAUACAGAAACAUCAUCGACGUAUUCUCGAACAGUUGCGUAAUUAUGCUGAUUUAAAUAAAAUGACUUAUGAUUAUAACAAAGUGUACCAAUUAUAUAAUUUAACUGAUAUGUAAAGUGCAGCUAUGAAUUUAUCCUCUGUUUACCAUGGAUUUAUUGCUCCAAACUUUUUAGUGAUGCAGUUCUACAAUUUUAUCUCUGUAAAUAAAAAUACAUAUAUGCUAUUAUCA